AAUUGAGACCCGUUGACGAGGCUAGUUUUUAUCCAGCUACCAACAGUGUAAGUCUCUCUCCAAACAAUUUAAACCCCGGCCCUCGACCUCGAGUAACCAUUGCCGAGGUCAGGUGCGUGUCCGGCCACCAACAUUACUUGACCUUGUGAUGGUUCCGCUUAUUACCUCUUAAAGUCAAUUGCCGUACUACUUUUCUAGUUUUAUAUAACUCCUCCUCCGGCGGUGGAGCAAUGGUUCGCGUGAAAGUGGAGCAGAGUCUGAAUGAGCCGCCAUCACUACUAGGACCAGUCAGGGUCAUCACCAAAACCAAAACCCCUCCCGCUCGUUGCUCUCGUACAAGAUCAAAACCCAAGACAACACCGAUGACGUGUCAAUAUGAGGAAGAGAGAGAGGAACACGAAGAGGAAGAGGAGGAGACUAGCAAUAACAACAGCAACGACGACGUUUCAGAUAAGGUGGGUCCCACCGUUGACGUGGCAGUCGCGCAAGACGUUUCGGGCGGCGGCCCACUCUCGCGUCUCCGGGAGUUUCAUAACAGCGACCCCUCCAACAGCAGCAGCAGCAGCAAUCUCAACCAACUGGAUUCGGCGGCGCGUGAACACUACGCGACGGCGGCGGAGUCGGUGAAGAAGCUGUUACUUUUGGAGCUCUCGUCGGCUCGGGACGUGGAAACGAUGGUGGAAUUGUCGAACAAGGCUUUCAAUAGCUUGGAUUGGCUUCAACCGGACUACUCUGAAUUCUACGACGCCGUUAAGGACGUCCUCUCUCUCCGCGCUCAACUCUCCUCCGUCGAGACCGAGCUCCGAACCCACCAAAACGAAGAAUCCGACGCCGUUUCGUCUCGCUGCGAUGUUGAAGUUCGGUCGAAAGAAUCGAUGGCAGCUCUGGCUAGAUCCGAAGCCGAGCUUGGGAAAGCCAAAGAGCGGGUUAGUGGUCUGAAGAGACGGGUUUCGGAGAUCAUGGACAUUUUGCGAAAGCUUGUGAUUGAAUCUGCUAAGGAAGAGAGGGUGCUUGCUGAUAUUGAAAAAGAAUGGAACCAAUGCCUUGAAUCUCACUUGGCUAUUAAGAAGGAAGAGAAAGAGUUAACUGAGCAAGUGGAGGAGAAGCAAAAGGCUGUCCAAAAGAUCAAGCAGCUUCGCGAUGAGGUCGAGGCUGGUGUUCAGGCCUCUAUAAAGGCUUUGUCUUCUCUCUGCCAAAACAAUGUUGGUGGUGAUCAAUGACAUCUUGGCUUUAGCAGCUACUACCAUGUUUUUGAUUGCUCUUUUGACAGAGAGGAGCCAACUUUUGAUAAUAUCUAUGUCUGAUAUCUUUGUGUAUAACUCGCCAGAUGAACUUGGAUGGUAUAGAGGCUUCUCUUUCCCAUGCUUGACCUCAGAUGUGCUGUGCAUAUAACAACUUUUUGUAAUUUUGUUAAUGCAAUCUCUAACUGUUAGUUUCUUUGUU